UUUCCCCCGGAAGCCCCUCCCUGUUAGCCGCUUAGCUGUAGCCGGACGCCCGGAGGAGAACGGAGGAGAACCCGGGACACGCAGCAGCGCAGCAGAGGAGGAGAGCGGAGCUGCUGUCGUAAAAACCCGCAGCGCUGCUGCCGGAAAGCGGACCAGAAGUCGAAAAAACACCGAGCCUGCUUCCCGACAUUCCCACUCCUCCUCCUCCUCCUCCUCCACCGCCGGAGCAGCUCACACCGACACCACGACCAUGCAAUCAUUCUCCGCUCGCCCUCGUGGAUAGAGAGAGAGAGAGAGUGUGUGUGGGUGAGAAAGAGAGAGAGAAAGACUGGUGUGUGUGUGUGUGUGUGUGUGUGUGUGAUCGAGGAUGGGGUUCGGUCGGGAUCUGAGGAAUUCCCACGAGGGAUUAUUGAAGCUGCAGGACUGGGAGUUAAAGCUGCUGGAGACGGUGAAGCGUUUCAUGACGCUACGAGUGAAGAGCGAUAAAGAAUACGCCGCUCUGCUGCUCAGCAUGACUCAGCAAACGGAGAAACAGGAAGCUGCUGAUUACGUCAGCACUGUGAGCAAGUCCUGGUCUCAGGUGAUCAGUCAGACGGAGGCCCUCGGUCGGGUCAUGAGGAGUCACGCUGAUGAUCUGAACUCUGGUCCUCUUCACCGAUUGGCCACGUUGAUCCGAGACAAGCAGCAGGUGAAGAAGAGCUACCAGAGUCUUCAUCAGCAGCUGGAGAGCCACAACCACAAGGUAACCAGGACCGACCUGGACAAGCUGAAGACGACGUAUCGUCAGCUGAGCCGCGACGCUAACAACGCCAAAGAUAAAUACCGAGAAGCUCUGACUAAAGGCCGGGAGGCGGAGCGUGCUCGGGAGCGUUAUGACAAAGCGACGGGGAAGCUGCACAACCUUCACAACCAGUACGUAUUGGCCGUGUGCGGCGCUCGAACGCAGCAGGACGAGCACCGCAGCCGCGCCGCUCCGGCUCUGCUGGACGCUCUGCAGAGGAUGCAGGAGGACAUGACGCUCGCCCUUAAAAGUAUCCUGGAGGAGUACUGUGAGAUCAGCAGCCUGCUGACGGAGGAGAUCGUUAAAGUUCAUCAGGAGAUCUCGGCGGCGGUGGAGCAGAUCGACCCGCUGGCCGAGUACCAACACUUCAUCGAUGCCUACCGGUCUCCGGAGACUCAGGAGGCGAGCGUGGAGUUCGAUGCGUCGCUAUUGGACGAGACGGAAAACCUGCCGGCCAAUGAGAUCCUCUGGAACACGCUGACGGCCGACAGCCUGCAAGCCAUGUUGUCGUCUGCGUCGGAGGAGCUGUCGUUGACUCAACAGAAUCUGCGGACGAAGGAGGCGUUGGCCGAAGAUCUCGAUACCAAAAUCCAGACGAGUCAGCAGAGUGCCGAGAGGAAGAGCGACUGCGUCCUGCUGCUCAGUCAGAAACUCUCCCUCCUCGAGCUCCAUCACGCCGUCCAAUCACUGCGCGGCUCUGAGGCCCGGCUCGCCUCCCAGAAGGCCUUGCUGGACGCCAAGAUGGCUGCCGCCGCCGCCUCCCCGCCCCCGCCACCGCCUCCCCCCAUGCCGUACGAGGAUGACGCCCGCUCCGUCGGAUCCACUGACAAAACGAAGGAGAGGAGUUCUCGGUUCGACACUCUGCGUCACUCUCUGGCCGGGAUGAUUCGGUCUCCUAAAGCCAUGCUGGGCUCCUCCACCUCGCAGUUCUUCGACGUGAUCCCGACGUCGGAGCGCCCCCUGGCGGAGCAGGAGUGGUACCACGGCGCCAUCCCCCGCACCGAGGCUCAGGAGCUGCUCCGGCAGAAGGGAGACUUCCUGGUGAGGGAGAGUCACGGCAAACCGGGAGAGUACGUCCUGUCUGUGUUUUCUGACGAGCAGAGGAGACACUUCAUCAUCCAGUACGCCGACAGUCAGUACCGUUUCGAGGGGACGGGUUUCUCCACCAUUCCUCAGCUCAUCGAGCAUCAUUUCUCCACCAAACAGGUCAUCACUAAGAAGUCUGGAGUUGUGCUGCUCAACCCCGUCGUCAAGGAUAAGAAAUGGAUCCUGAACCACGAGGACGUGGUGCUUGGGGAUCUGCUGGGAAAGGGUAACUUUGGCGAGGUGUUCAUAGGGACGCUGCAGCGCGACAAAACGCCGGUGGCCGUUAAAACGUGUAAAGAAGAUUUACCUCCAGAGCUGAAGAUCAGGUUCCUGUCUGAGGCCAGGAUCCUGAAGCAGUACGACCAUCCGAACAUCGUGAAGCUGAUUGGUGUUUGUACGCAGCGACAGCCGAUCUACAUCGUCAUGGAGCUGGUUCCUGGUGGAGACUUCCUGUCCUUUCUGAGGAAGAAGAAGGACGAGUUGAAGACGAAGCAGCUUGUUCGCUUCUCUGUGGACGCUGCAGCCGGCAUGGCGUACCUGGAGAGUAAGAACUGUAUCCACAGGGACCUGGCAGCGAGGAACUGUCUGGUGGGAGAGGGCAGCGUGUUGAAGAUCAGUGACUUUGGGAUGAGUCGUCAGGAGGACGACGGUAUUUAUUCUUCUUCUGGACUCAAACAGAUCCCCAUCAAGUGGACGGCGCCGGAGGCCCUGAACUACGGUCGUUACAGCUCCGACAGUGACGUGUGGAGUUAUGGGAUUCUGCUGUGGGAGACCUUCAGUCUGGGGGUGUGUCCUUAUCCUGGGAUGACCAAUCAGCAGGCACGAGAGCAGGUGGAGAAAGGUUACAGGAUGUCGUGUCCUCAGCGUUGCCCUGACGAGGUGUACAAAGUGAUGCAGCGCUGCUGGCAGUACAACCCUGAGGAGCGACCCAAGUUCUCUGAGCUGCAGCGAGACCUCGCCGCCAUCAAGAAGAAGUGAUGACAUCAUCGCACGACCUCGCCGCCAUCAAGAAGAAGUGAUGACAUCAUCGCACGACCUCAAUGCCAUAAAGAUGUGAUGACAUCAUCACACAACCUCAAUGCCAUAAAGAAGUGAUGACAUCAUCACAUGACCUCGCCGCCAUAAAGAAGAGGCGAUGACAUCAGAGACAGCAGAGUGUCGUCGGCAAAGAAGAGUUCAUUUUUGUCAGGAAGUGGGUGUGGUCAGUAAGUGGGCGUGGUCUCUUUGGGCUAAAAACUGUUUGAGACCAACGUUACUAUGAACACACCGAACUACAACUUUAGAAACAUUUACAAACACAGAAACCAUUUAGCUGCUGAUGUUUGAACUCAUUGAACUACAGUGAAAACUUGACCAAACACUACUGACGUUAGCAUGGAUGUAGCUAGCUGUGUUAGCAACUUUUAAACACGUGGAGUCAACCAAAAACUUUAAAAUCAUGUUAAGACAGGAAGUCACACGCAGACGUUAAGCCUGGUUUAAUGGAGCUAACAACUUAGCAUGACUGUAGCGAGGGUUGUUAGCAUGUUGUGAGCACAACGGAUUGUUAGCAUUACUUGUUCUGAUGCCUCUGAUUACACUUUGUUUACACAUUCAUCGACAGUUAUUAACAUUUUAGUUUCAGAUUUAAAGAUUUUUAGACGGCUUCAAUAAAACAAGACGGAACAGAAAUAAAUACAGAUCAGACAGGAAGUGAAAGAACUCAUAAACGUAACAUGAAAAACUGAAUGAAACUCUAAAAACAACAUUGUGUUGUGUUACAUUCGUCUGAUAGAAACCAGAUUAAAGGUGAAUUAUUUGAGUGAAUGAAUCACAAAUCAAUUUAAUAAUUUCCUUUGAGAGGAGAGAACGUCUCACUAAUGUGGAUAUUGAUUGAUUGAUUGAUUGUGAGUUAGCAGACCAGGUGUUCACUCACAAAUCUCAGUCUAACGCAGGCUUCACUAAAACUUCUGUUCAGCUCGUUUGAUUCACACUAAAUAAUGACACCAAGUUUGUUUUUAUUUUGAAAAGCGUGAGUUUCCUGUUACUUUAAAAGAUUUUUUUACAAAAUAAGCUAUAAAUGUAACGAUUGUCUACAGGUGACGUUCAGACUUUAAGCCACGCCCGCCACUUCAUCCUACCUGUCACUAUCGUUACCGUGGCAACAGCAUGAACACUAAAACGUUUACACUGCUGAGGACCAAUCAGCUGUUCACACUAAACAGUUUGUUUUGAUUUUACAGUUAGUUUCUGUUUUUAUUUAUUAUGUUUUUAUGAUUUUAACGUUUCUCAGAUUCUCUGACGGCUCAACUGUCAAAAAACUCAAAUAGACAAACUGACCUUUAUUUUGAAAACAAGACAGCUGUCAAUCAUCACGCAGACCACGCCCACUUUGACCAAUUUAUUUUUUUUCCUUCAAGGAAAUGUUUUUGACCAAUCAGUGAUUUCAAGUAUUUUAUUGACGGCUGAAAAAAACUAACAAAAAUGUUUGAAAUGUAAGCAUUCUAUUGUUAUCAUUUUAUUGUGAAGUUUAUUUUAUUUCUAAACCAAAGUAUAAAACAUUUGUCUGAUGAAAUGCAGCUCCAAAACAAUUCUUUAAAGGAAAAAAUAUAUAAAAUUAUAAAAAGAAUCAUCAGCACUUACUUUUGUUUUUGUCAUUAAAACUGAAAUAAUGUUAAAAUGUUUAAAAAAAGAAAGUUUAAUAUAAAUAUGUAUAAACUACAAAUAAAAAGACAUGUAUUUGUGUAAAUGAAUCGUGAGUCCUGAUUGGUCAGAAUCACUUCCUGGACUGUGUGAGGGCGGAGCUUACAUGUUAAUGAUGUCAGAGCUCCAGAGCGCCGCCUACUGUUUAUGUAAAUAAGCACAAGAUGUUUUUACGGUUUGUUUUACUUUGUUUUUACAGUUUUCAAACACUAACCGUCUGUUUGUCUUUUAUAUUUGUUUCUUUAUAAAAAAUAUUAUCGUAGCAUUUAUUAUGAAAAUAAAACAAA